AUGGGCUGGGCUCGACUGGCUUCCCGCUUGCUGGAACAAUCCCGACAAAAAGCUGCGCAGCAAGUUGAGUCAGACAGGGCUGCAAAGACCAAGAAGCCCAAAGGCCGACAUGCCUUCAGAGCGAUUGCGCGGCGUGCCAAGCAAGAAGCCGCAGAAGAAGCACAUAACCAAGAAGUGCCACAGCCUCCACAGAGGUCAAUACUUGUUGCCCGUGCCGCAAAUCCUAAAGUUGUUGGGCUAGUUGCUGGAGAUGUGCAGACCGGCGAGGACAAUUUUAGACGGAUGCAGUUGGUUUGCAAGGAGAUGGGAUCCCAGUUGCAGCAGGAUAUUGUGCACGCAGCGUCCCAAGGUGUUCCUUUUGACACACCGGUGGAUGAGGCUCUGACAUCUUGUGUGCAGCGUGCGCGGAAGGUUACAACUACUGUGGCCGAGGCUGAUGCUUUGGACAAGGAUCGCUCAACAUUGGUCCGGUUGCAGAGUGAUGCUGCUUGCUGUCUAGUCCUGGGCAGUGGCUAUCUCAUGGGCACAGUGCUAGACAGGAUACUGGAGGGCCUCGCUCAGGGUCACUACAACUUGCUCAUGGUAAUCAAGAAACGUCGUUACGACGAGACACCCUGCAGGCUCAACAUCAAGCACGGAGAUGGAACGCGCGAGAAGGGCUCCGUGGUGAAACUUCUGCAGUCCGAACUUUCUGUUGCCUUCCUCUUGCAGAAUACUUCCACCCGCCAAGUUGCCUUCGCAAGAUGCUGGCUGCCGACACCGCUCAAAGUGCUCGAGCGAAACACGUCCAGUUUGAUCGUGGCCGCGCAAAGAGAAUUGGAAGGUUUGAUACCGAAGCUCACAGAGUUCGCCGACGCCAGCAGACUCAGGCUUGCACUGAUCAACACCGAUUCGUACAGUGCAAACUUUGCAGCCGAGGCGGCGCUUUGUGAGGAAGACACGGGUUGCUGGACGCGGAGCCAUUACGCGUGUGACGUGCACAGAGCCCACACCAUAUGUUCGAAGCAGUACAAGUUGCUGGAUGGGCAUGUGAGUGCCAUGAUUUACAGCGCGCUGUCUGUCCAGCAUGCUGGGGGCACAGCACGUUUACGGCAGGCUCUCACGCAGGUAUUGGAGGACAAACUCGUUGUCGUUUGUGCGGCUCCGCCGAGCGAUGACAGCUCAGUGAAGCAGAGGUUGCAGAUGCUCCUGGAUUUGUUCUUGGGAGAAUUGCGCGUGAUAGAACCUGGACUGAUGACUAAGCGCAGGCGGCGGCGACUUCUGCAGCGCAUUGUCAUCGCUUGGUUUUUGAAUGGUGACACACGCGACGAGAAUCACGUAGAGCACUUCAACCCUACACUGGAUUUGCCGCCAGGUGCUGUGCUGGCAGCAAUGAAGCAGUUUUUGGUGCCAACGCUUCUCCCUGGGCGCCCUUGUGUGUUCAGUCGAAAGAGCUGGUGUGGGGCGCAAGAAGCAGUGGAGGAGUGGGGGCUUCUGGCAUCACUGCACAACUUGCUGGAGCCAAUGAUUAUGUUGUUCACGAAGACGAACAUGGAUCUGCCGGCCGUGCCAACUAGAACAACUGCUGGCUGGGGCAAUGUUGCAGACGGCUACAGAGCAGCAAGCAGCGAGGGCAUGAAUGCUUCGCGUGAUGAAGCUUCUGGAGACUUUCCGGAUGGCGAUGCCAUCCAGCGCCCCAAGCAGCAAGCGCACGCUCCAGAUGAUGCUGACGCAGAUGCAGCAGCUGGCAACGCACAAACAUCUCACACUGGUGAUGCGAACUGGCAGGAAUACAAUCGCCAGCUGCGUUUGAGGAUGAUUUCGUGGGCCAGGUCCAAGCCGGGCAAUGUGCUGAUUAUUUUGCGAAGCGCCAUGGAGGGGCCACUGAUGCUGCUGGCUGACCUCUUGCGGAAGUCAGGCAUUGAGUGGGAGCGUGCGCAGCAAUUGAAUGCUGCCCAAACUAGCAAGAGAACGUACGUGGUUCUGGAGGCAUGUGCUGGGACCGCUCUGCAGGCCUUUCACCGCUGUUUGGAUGAUCAAUUUCACGCCCCUCUCACUGCGUUGUCGAAUUCUGGGAAGACUCGAGUGCAUCAAGUGUUGAUGUUUCGUUUGCUGGCUGUCGUGGGCUCGUGCGCAACGCACUACCUGUCGUUGUCAUGGCAGGCCUACCCGGUGAAGCUGUUCAAGGUCUGCUUCGGGAAAACAGAUGUGACGAACGAGCCUGGUUGUGUGCUGUGCUCCAUGUCCAAAUCGAUCCUAGAUACCUUUCCGACACCGGCAGACUUACUGGGGCCAGAGGCGCAAUCAACUUUGAUUGGGUUGGCGAGCAUGCUCACCUUGGACAUCGCUCGAAUAGAAUCGGUGCACUCCGCCAACCGGAGAGUCAUCACCGCCAAGUCCGUACAGACGACGAAGCCGAAUCUUGAGCGCAUUUCUGCAGAGUUUGCUUUGCGGUCGAACCAUCUGCACAAGGAAAACCUUCUUGACCGUGAUGAGCCAGCUUCCAAGAGCCGGGCGAGAGAGAGAAAGAGCAAGACUAUCAGCGACAAGCCACGGCAGGUCCCGACAUGGGGAUGGGCUUGGCGAGCGUUCUUGAAUGAAAAGUGCACUACUAAGUUCUCGGCUUCAGCCUUCACUUCCCUUUCUGCAGAGUACGCUUCCCUCAGCGAGCGCGAUCGGCAGUACUAUGAGGAGCGUGGCCAGGUCGCCAGAGCAUCUGCCCUGCGCGGGUUCCAAGCUUUCCCGAAGAGGCAGGCAACCAAAUCUAUCACUGCGCGUGAUAGCAGCAGUGCCGGAGAGAUCGUGCAGUGGGCAGCUGACGCAGCAGUGGAAGGUUUGGAUGAAAGUCUGGCGCUAGUGAGACAGCAUUGCAAUGACGAAGCCAGAGAGAGAAAGCACCUGGACCAGAGGCGCCGUCUUUGUCUUCAGGAGUACGCAGCUGAGCAGGGUGAGUGCGCAGACCUUUCGCGCUGGUGGCAAGAUGCUGCUGGCGGGGAGACGCUUCAAAAUUCGCGCCGAAUUCCGGCACUGUGCCCCAGCAUGGACAUCCACUUGCCUGCCGAGCAACUUGCGCAGGCUGCGAUGGAGCGGGUCACGUCAAAGAGAACGGGCAUGCGUCAAAAACUACGGGAAGAGUGGGUGAAGAGACACGAGAUGCUGUCUGCGGACGAGUGCCUCCCUGUGACGGAACCGUCUGGUUCCAAACCCACUUUGUGCUCGCAGCUUGGCGCAUGCUUCUGUCAGGGUGUUGGAUUAGAAGCAUUGCACUUUCACCGACGCUUUGUCAGCUUGGUGAAGCCCCUCUUCACACCCAGAAGUCAAAGGAAGGGGCAGCAGCUUAGUCAGCAACAGAAGAAGGACCGGGAGAGCGUGCUUGCCCGGAGGAAGCUGAUGGUUGAGGGUUUUGUGGUCGUCAAGUUCAGUGUUUGGCCUUCGGAGGUUCCCGCUGUGGCAGAGACAGAUUCAUCGUGGGCCGGUGCAGCCAAACGAGCAUCAAUGGGAUUGAGGGUCGUAGAGGAGCCCAUUGUGCGUGAAGUAUGGUACCUCAUGGCAUACGUCAACUUCAGCAAUUGGUUCAUGGCUGGCUUGCGCUUGGUCAAUGCUGGCAACCAGGAAGAUGAGUCUGGUCAGGUGUACACGAGGCUCGAAGUUCCGCGACCGGCCCAGUUUCAGACGGGGUUGUUCUUGUUUCGAGAGCUCUCUCUGAGUGUGCAAUGGACGGCAAAAUUCUUCAGAAUUUUGUCCAAUGGUGCUGCUUUAGCCAAUGAUGCCAUGUGCCCGAAUUGGGUGCUCGUCAGUGAGUUUGUUCCUCUUCCAACCCUCCGCGUGUGGAAAGGCGCUGCCAACGAGGAAGUGGAUCGAAAGGAGGCAGCCAAAAGCAGAAAGCGCAAGGCGCCCCCAGGCGCCCGACCAAAGGCCAAGCGGGUGAAGCGCGCAGCAAAAGCAAAACCCGCAGCUUCAUCUGGUGAAAGGCCACCAGUUGACGAUGGUGAGGCUGUCGCUGGCGCUGCAGAUGCUGGUGAGCAGGAGGAGGAGCCACAGAUCCAGGAAGCUAUCCAGCUCGCUGGCGAAGAGGCUGCCAACAAUCAGUGGGGUGUAGAUGUGGAGGAGCAGGCCGCGUCUGAGUCGGGCCACGAGUCGGACGGCAAUGGUUCCGAAGUUUCCAUAGCUUCCAUCCUUGAACAUGAAGAUGAUGAGAACAACGAGGAGGAAACUGUGAGAGCAGGGCCUUUGAGCAGCCGUGCUGCGCCGGAGGUGCCUCCUGCUCCUCCCAUUGCGGUUGCGGCGGCAGACGCUGCUGCCUCCCGUGAGCCUGCAAGGCGCCCUGGGUCCGGCGUGGCCCGAGUGAAGCAAUACACAGAUGUCUCUGUUACGUUCGAUGGCUUUGGGGACUUGAGGUACAACAUCCCCACACGCAACAUCAUUGCCGUUUGCGGCAACCCAGCCCAUGCAGACUGCAAGAGAACACGCACUGUGAAAGGACAAGCCAGAACCAAUUUUGGCAACCUCGGACAAGGUCGUCCGGUAGGACUCUUAGCAGCAUGGCUGAAACAAAGCUUCGAGCAUUCCACCGCGGAAGCUCACAAGGAUUGCGUGAGCUUCUUGAGGAAGUCGCAGCGAGUAGCUGCCCGCAACGAGUUCAAAGCUGUGGCGGGAUCAGAACUGAUCUUGCAGCAUGAGCGUGCGAGGGAGGCCAACGAGGCUGAGGAACCAGACGUCAUCCGGUAG